UGUGCACAGGCAGAGAGAGAAGCAGCUGCUGAAGUAUUGGCGCAAGGCAAGCAGCAUCUCAAGUGAUGAAAGACAAGUCUACAGCACGAGCACAAUUGUUUGAAAGUCAAAAAUUAUGCUCGAGGCCAGUUGAGUGAAUCUGAGGCACUGCUGAAGUCCAAAUACAAUUAUUACUUCUGAGUCAAUGCUUCUUAUCAAAAUGAAUAACAACAGUGAGUGCAUGGAUUUCUUGGCUGCACAGCAGGAGAAUAUCAUUCUGAUGCAUUAUAACCACACUGGGAAGCUGGAGAACAGACCUUUGCCCAGUGAAGGCAUGGGUGCAAUCAGAAUUGUCUUCAUGGUAAUCAGUUGCUUCAUUGUCAUAGAGAACCUGUUGGUAUUCAUGGCUAUCGUGAACAACACUCGCUUCCGGAGCUGGGUUUACUACUGCAUUGCCAACAUCACCCUCUGCGACCUGCUGACUGGAAUUGUCUACAUUGUGAACAUCUGCCUGUCGGGUGAAAGGACCUUUCAAAUCACUCCCACCCUCUGGUUCAUUAGGGAGGGGGUCUUGUUCUUUGCCUUGGCUGCCUCAACAUUCAGUCUGCUCAUCACAGCAGUGGAGAGAUACGCGACCAUGGUCAGACCCCUACCUUAUGCCUCAGCACAUAAGACCUAUCGGGUGUAUGCCCUUAUUGGAUUGUGCUGGCUGAUGGCUUCCCUCAUAGGCCUCUUGCCAUUGCUGGGCUGGAACUGCAUUUGCAACUUUGAUGAGUGUUCUACUUUGCUACCUCUGUACUCCAAGAGCUACAUUCUCUUCUGUGUGGCCAUGUUCAGCAUCAUCAUCGUUGGGAUAGUGGCACUCUACAGUGGCAUCUAUCACCUUGUCAGGAACAGUGCCAAGUCAGUGUCCAACAGCAAAAGCAGGCAAAAGUCCGUGAGGCUGCUCAAGACUGUUUACAUGAUCGUUGCUGCCUUUGUGAUCUGCUGGAGCCCCCUCUUUGUGCUUCUCCUGCUGGAUAUCUUCUGUGACGCGCCAUCUUGCUCCAAGCUGCACAGUAUGGAAUGGACCAUCGCCCUGGCUGUGAUCAACUCGGCCAUCAAUCCAGUCAUUUACUCCUUUGGAAGUAAGGAAGUGAGGCGGGCCAUCAUCAAGCUCCUCUGCUGCUGCUUGAUCAAAGCAGGAGCUCCCUUGCCAUUCCUGAGCAGGAGCGAGUCUACUCUCGGAGCUUCCACUGACAGCUCCUACAGGCUGAGGGAGAGUUUCCGAAAUUCAAAACUGCUCAGCCCAAAGAAGACUCUGCCCAAGUCAGGACAACAAUAAAACGUGGCUCAGGGGUUAAGAGCAGGUGGGAGAGCCCUGAGAGCUGCUCUAACGCCUCCUGCAUGCACCAAAAACAUUGUUUUUGCAUUAAAAUUAGGAUUCCUUCUAGUGACAAUACAGCAGCCAGAUUGAAUGAAGGCAAUGCUCAGCCUUGUAACAAUAAUAUCGGUCUGGGUCACCUCUGAGUGUUCAAACUCCAAUCCAGUAACGUGAGUGUAUAUUCCAGGCUGAUACUUCAUCACAGUACUGCAGGGGGCACUGCAUUGUCAGUAAUGCCACCUUACUAUGAUGUGGAGGUGCCAGUAUUGUACUGAGGUGGACAAAAUCAAAUAUCACUUGACACCGGGUUAUAAUCCAACAGGUUUAUUUGAAAACACAAGCUUUCGGAGCCUUGUUCCUUCUUCAUCUGCAAGUGAGAGAGGAUAUAUAAUUCUGGGAUUUAUGUAUUAAUCAGUAUUAACAGCCAUCUAGGUUUGUUCAAUACAUUUGCAUCAGUUAUAUGACCCUUUGAUCUUUUACUUAUAAAUUCUGUGCCUGAUAUAUCCUCUCUCACUAGCACCUGCGAAUUUCUGCAAGCUUGUGUUUUCAAAUAAACCUGUUGGAGUAUAACCCGGUAUUGUGCAAUCUUACUAUGAGACAUCAAGGCUCAGUAGGAUGUAAAGGAAUCUAUUGAAGUUUAAUCUAAUGGUGCUCUUCUGUACCAUCUUGGAAUAUUUUACUAAUGUCACUGUUUUUGGACAAUCCCAAUGAAGAAGGGCAUGAUAAUUCUCCUGGAAUCCUGACCACCAUUAAUUGGUCAUGACUUAUUGAGUAAUCUUGCUUUGUCUAAACCAGUUGCUAUAUUUGCCAACGUAACAACAGUGAAUAUAGAACAUAGAACAAUACAGCGCAGAACAGGUCCUUCAGCCCUCGAUGUUGCGCCGACCUGUGAACUACUCUCAGCUCGUCCCCCUACACUAUCCCAAAAUCAUCCAUGUGCUUAUUGAAGGAUUAUUUAAAUCUCCCUAAUGUGGCUGAGUUGACUACAUUAGCAGGUAGGGCAUUCCACGCCCUUACCACUCUCUGCGUAAAGAACCUAUACAAAGGAAAAUAAUUAAUUGGUUGAAGACAGUGCUUUUUAAUUGCAUUAAAAAAAACAUUAUUCUUACCUCAGAAAGCUGUUAAAAAUUCAAUUCACUCUCAUCCCAAGUAGAUUCUUCAACUGCUGCUUUGCAUUUCUCAAAGUUCAACUGAUAGGAAUCAUGCUUCUAGUUUUAUCUGAUAGUUCAGAGCUUGGGUAGAUUGUUAACUAACUUUGUUUUUAUAAACCAGUAUAAACCCACAUUAUGAGUCUUGCUCAACUGGAACAUUACACUGGCUGGCUCCAGGAUAUGGGUUUUAAAACAAAACUUUAUAAGAUGAACACCAGUGAGCUGUUGCACUAUCGCCUGAUCACCAACUACUUCUCCAGGUACAAAAACAUGCAUAUUUAAAAGCAAAGUCUUUAAGCUUGGAGGAUGAGAGAUGGACAAUUGUAGAUGCAUCCAUAGUAACAUCAAACCAGAGGAGACCAUUCCGAAGUGGCAUGGUGGCUCUGUGAUAACACAGUGCCAGGGACCUCAAUUCCACCCUUAGGUGACUGAGUGGAGUUUUUAUACAUUUCCCCAGUAUCUGCACGUGUUUGCUUCAGUUUCCUCCUACAAACCAAAGAUGUGCAGGCUAGCUGGAUUGGCCAUGCUAAAUUGCCCCAUUGUGUCCAAGGAUGUGCAGGUUAGGUGGAAUGUCAUGGGGGAAUGCAGGGUUACAGAGACAGGGCAAGGGGUGGUUUUAGUGGGAUACUUUUUGGAGAGUCAGUGUGGACUUGAUGGGUUGAAUGGCCUGCUUCCAUACAGUAGAGAUUCUAUAAUUCAGCCCUCAGACCUGUUCUGCAAUUCGGUCAGAGCAGAUCUGCACCUUAGUUCCACUUAUCUAUCCAUGGUCAUGGGUUCCCAAUACAAGAACCCAAUGAAGAUCUAUCAAGCUGAGUCCUGCCAAUAGCAUUUAACUGCUACCUUUUCAUCAGGGCUAAUAUUCUAGGUGGAUGGUGCACUUUUGUUCUUGUCUCUCAACAAUCUUUUACACAAGUUGCACCCAAUAGUUAGGCAGAAAUAUUUGAGAAACACUUUUACAAAGAUAUUGGAUAAAUAGGUGAAGCAGAGUAAACAUGUUAGGCGAUGGCGAAGAGUAUGGGAGCAGAGCUAAAUAGAUAGGUCUUUCAAAGGACCAGAUAAGAAGGGCUGAAUAGCCUUCUUUGGAGCUGUAAGGUUAUGAGAUUCUAAGGGCUGCCCCUUCACCACAGUAUCUCAUAUUUUUGUUUGCUCAGUUAACAAACUCCACCCUUUUAACUGAUGGGUGGAGUUGGAGCACUGUAUCUCCUGAAACAGGAGAUCUCACCACAAAAUGAUAUUGGUGAAACACUGGGAAGGGUAGGUGAGCCCAUAUGAAAUGCAAAAUGUGCACAGAUUCUCAGUCAUUUGAGACCACCAAAUGCUCUGCUGGUGACCUGCAUAAUGGCUCAACCCAUUAGUGCAUUUUAGGGAAAACCAGAUAUGAACCACAUGAGAGAAAGGAAAUGCUUGGAUAUACAAUGAAGAGAGUUAGAGACUGAUAUGAAGCUUCAGGAUCAGCAUUUAUCAGUUGGGCUGUUACUCUGCUGCAACUUGUAUCUAAUUCUACAAUAGUUAUUUGUUAACUUAUGCUGAACCAGACACAGUUCAACACCCUGGAAAUGGACUGAAUCUUUAUAAAUUAGAAGGAUACUAAAAUUAUUAAUAAAACAUAUAUUACUUAGCAAUGAAAAAUGUGGAUAUGAUUCACCACAGCUACUAAAGGUGAAUAAUUGAUGAAGGCUUCCCUGUCUUUAGUUGUUCAUAUUCUUGAACAACAAUACUUUGAUAUCCAGCUAAAUAAAUACAGAUACAUUUUAGAUCCACUUAUUUUAUUCCUUGCAUUAUGGAUGAAUUCAAUGUUUGAUGAAUGCCACAAGGUUAAAGUUCUGGAACACCAAACCUAAAGAUACUAGGAAUAGCAUUCAUCAGGUGGACUGCAGUGAAAGGGGAUUACCUCUCAUCUUCUCAAGCUAGGGAUGGACAAUAAAAUGCUUAAUUUGCCAAUGGCAUCCUGUGAACUAAUCUUUUUAAAAAUUGUAACUUUUUUGACAUUUGCAAAGUGACCAGUUGCCUGAGAGCCUGCAACAUUAUUUUAACAAACAAAUAGUUUUGGCUGCUUUACCAUGUCUGUGUUACAAGGAAGGGUUAGCUGUUAUUUUGCAAUAAAAUAUAACUCUGUGUGCAAAAAGCAAAGCUUUCUUUAAUGUCAAGGUUCUUCCUGAAGUGCAGAAGCGGGACCAUCUCUUGAAAUAUUAAGAGGGUGUGUUGAUUUAUUUAAUAGCCCAAGCUGAAGUAAUGGUGGAGCGCACCACAGUAUUAAUGGAAGAUGUCAAAGCAUUAAUGGAGCAUGUCAAGAUAUGAGCAAGAGUGAACCAAAGCAUCACUGGACUACGCUGCCUGUGCAGAAUGAAUUGACUGUACAAUACAACAACCAUAACAUUUGCAUUUACUGCUUCGAAUUUAAAUAAAAAAUUGUUAAUUAGGUUUUCAAACUGUGAAGAAAUAAGUUUGGAUGUAAUUAAAGGGCUGUUGUUGUUGACAAUUAAAUCUCA